AUGGCUGUUGGUUUCGGAGUCUCCGGCGGGCCGCAAAAUGGAUCCGAGGCCAGAGUUGGCCCUCUGGAGAUUCCCUCGGAAUGGUUCUGCACCCCUUCCGCCUCCGAGACGACCUUUGAGCCUGGAAACGAAGCCCCCCUAUCAUCCGAUUCAUGCAUGAGCACACGCGAUGAGCCGGGGAUGCUUCAGCCUCCGGCUGACUCCGCACCGUCUAGCGGGCAACCCCGAGACACCCCCGAGAAACGGCCCACACACUCUGACCCACCAGGGGGGUUCGGCUGUCCAGACACUCAGUCGGCCCCAAGUCCAAGCCCGAUCGCCCAUCUCCCCACCAGCCCUUCCUUGGUGGCUGUCGCUGAUGGGCUUGGCUUCCCGCUGCGCCUGAAGCCCUUUCCUUCGCCGACUCGGGCGCACAUGGGGGCCAUUUGCUUCGAUACUCCGUCUUCGACGCCGGCAACCCCCACCAUCUUUCGAGACUGCCUCUUCGGGCCUUCUCCCUGCCCGUCACCGACGUCCUACAAGGCGCUCCUUUCAGACGCACCGCUUGACGUGGAAGCUUUCUCGGCCUGCCUUCCUGCUCUCCAACGCGACGCUCAAGUAGAAUUCCCCGACGGAAAUUUCGUGGUCGCCGGGCCCUUCGUUUCCUCUCCCCAGACUCCACCUCCCGCGGCCGCGGUUGCAGACGCCGUCGACGCCCUCAUCUCGCCCCCCAGUGCCAUCAUCAUAGCCCCAUGGUAUGACGAGGGGGCAGGAGGCUGGGUCGUGGUGCAGUUCAUGAUCGCCCCAGCCCACUGCGAACUGCACUGCCCUUUUCAGGCCGCAGGGACUCCUGGCCCGGACCUAUUGGCCGCCAUCCAUGAGGCAAACAGAGAAAUCGACCUCCGCCUGGGCCGCCCUGUCACAGAGUGGGUGGUGGCCAGAUUAUUUCCGCCGUUGCACAAAGAUUUGAAGAUCGCCUCAUCUGGUGCGAUCGCCUACGGCAUCCUCCACACAGCGGUUAAUAAACGUGGCAUGCAUCCGGAGCCACCGCUGGAUGGCUGGUGGCGCCUGAAGAUGCUGGGCGACGCCGCUCUUGUGCGGCAAAGGAACGGGUCUCCCCUGCACGCUGAUCGCCAGGGCGCACUUGACUCAGUCUUGGCGACCAGCCCCGUGUCCAGCGAUCUCCAAAAUGCGACACCUGUGGCCCCUUCCCGCACUGACGUCUCCAUCCCGGGCGCCCUGUGCCCUGAGGCGCCCUCCAACGCAAAAGCAUCGACAAUCGCGAACCCGUUCAGCCUGAUCAUGUCUCGCAAGGUAAAACAAAGCGCCGUGAGCACCCCCCACACCACAUUCUCCACGGCACCAGCGUCAAGCAAACUGCCAGCCCCACUGAAGCGUCCGGAAAUGCCCGCGCUCGCAGCGAUGGUGGCAAGAAAUGCAGCGACGCUGGCGGCGUCGAUCCCUCCAGCCCAACAAACCGCACCGUAUGACGACCUGGCAGCAGUCGAAGCCCGGCUUCGCGCUGGCGUCACACGCGGCGUGGCCGCCGUUGGCUCCCUUCCGUCGACUGGAGAGAAACGUGCUCCGCCAAACGUGUCCCGGAAACGCGUUCGGGCAGGGAGCGACUUAGGAACGCCGCCACCGGCUAAGAAACGCAGGGCUUUCCUUGAGCCGCGGGGCGCUGCUCAGCAACGGGCCCUCGUUUUGGAUGCCGGGGCGGCCUGGCCCUGCGUCAGCCCAGUGGACCUGUCCGGAGGCCAAACGGACCCCGGCGCCCAGACCGCAAACGGCAGGCCGAAUGGCGGGCUCACCGGCCUGCUCAAUGGCGUCGUGGCCAAGAUGCAGCUCGCCGAGCAGAAGCUCCUUGCAAAGAUCACAAAGCGCGGUGACGACGCAGGAGGCAAGGGUGGCCGGGUCUCCGAAGCCUUGCCGCUCUCCUCCAUCCACAUCGCCCGCCUGCGCCAACCCCUGCACCACCCGCCUCCGCGAUGCCCUACGCUACUCACCCGCACCACCCUCCUCCUCGCCCUACUCCGCCCGCCCCUGCCGCCUCCUUCGUGCAGCCCGCCUCCUUCGCGCCACCCUCCUCUCCUGCGCCGCCCACUGCCCCGCGCCACCCUCCUCUGCGCCGCUCGCAUCUGCACUGCCCACCUCCGCACGCGUCGCCCGCUUGCACGCUGCCCACCACCCGCGUCACCCUUUUCCUCCCACCUCAUCCGCGUCUGCGUCACCCACCUCCACAUCGCCAAGUCCGCCCGCAUCGCCCGCCGCCUCCCUCAAGGCCUCACCUCCGCCCGCGUUGGCCAUCUGCGCCACCGCGUUGCCCGCCACCUCCAUCCCACGCUCCUCUGUGUCGUCCCAACCCACGUCGCCCACCACCUUUUCAUCCCGGCCCUCCCUGUCCUCCCGCGAGCCCUCCGCGUCGCCCCCGCCUUCACGUUCCCCACCUUCGCGUCGCCUGCCCUCGCGUCGCCUGCCCUCGCAUCGCCCGGCUUCGCGUCGCCCACCUUCACGUCCCGCGCCUCAGCCUUGCCAUCCCCUCCGUCCGCCCUCGUCCCGCCCACGUCCUCGCCCUCCUCCUCUGCGUCGCUCGUCACCGCGUCGCCCUCUUCCGCCCCCACGUCCUCGCCCGCCUUCUCCACGCCCACCUCCGUGCCCACCUCGCCCGCCUUCACCUCGCCGCGUUGCGGCCUCCGCGCGCGCGUCGCUGCCUCUUGGCGCCGCCGCGUUGCCUGCGCCCACGUCGCCCGCGUCCCGCACACCCACCCACCGCCUCUGCGCCCGCACGUCCGCGUUGCCCACCUCCCCGUGUCGCCCGCCUGCACCCGCCUCUGCCUCUGCCUCAGCAUUGUUGUGGAUGUGGUAUACCGUGUUACUUGCUAG